CCAAUCAUGCGUAUCGUACGUUUAGAGGCCUAGCUAAGGAGGAAGGUCUUCUGUGUACUAUUUUGAGAAUGAACUACGGAUUUUCACCAGGAGAGAUAAUAAAAUUGAAUGUUGGAGGAACAAAAUUUUCAACUUCAAAACAAACACUGUCAUGGGUACCUGACUCUUUUUUCUCCAGUCUUCUGAGUGGUCGUAUAUCUUCUAUGAGGGAUGAGGAAGGAGCAAUAUUUAUUGACCGAGAUCCUGUAGUGUUCGUUCCAAUUUUGAAUUACUUGCGUACCAAGGAUUUGGAUGUGAGGGGGGUAAAUCUAACGACCUUAAGGCAUGAUGCAGAAUUCUAUGGAAUAUCCCCACUUGUGAAGAAAUUGUCAUUGUGUGAGGAUCUUGGUAGAUCAACGUGUGGUAAUGUGCUCUUUCAUGGCUAUCUCAACGCUCCAUGUUUUCCGGCUCGUAGUGAGCACCGAAACAGUAUUGCAACAGAAGCAGAGCUACAUUCCCGGCCAGGAUCAGCCCGCAGUUUAUCUGGACGAGACCACCGCCCUGUAUCUGCAACUGAGUAUACGAAAUCGGACAUUGAAAUGAGUUUAAAUAUAGACCCUAGGAAGGUGAUAAAUGUGACAGGUCAUCAUGGUUGGAUUGCUGUAGCCUACGCACACUUUGUCUGUUGCUAUCGCAUCAAAGAGUCCAGUGGAUGGCAGCUUGUAUUUACGACACCAUAUCUUGAACAAUGUAUUGAAAGACUCGCUCUCAACUCAAAGGUCGUUGGGGUCACACAGACAGAUGGUCGUGAUAAGAUGCUUGCCGUUGCGUUUGGUAGUAUGAUUCGAUUAUGGUGUUGCCAAGAUGAUAGUUUACGGAACGAAAUAGGCACAUUUGACCUGGGUGUGAGGGUCGAUUCACUAUUUUUCAUUGGCAGUCAGCUUGUUGCAACAAGCCAUACAGGAAAAGUAGGAGUUUGGCAUGCUGUAACCCGCAGUUGGCAGUGUCAGAACAUACAGCCAAUCAGUAGCUAUGAUACAGCAGGGACGUAUCUGUUGUUAGGUUGUACUAACGGCUCCAUCUACUAUAUAGAUAUGCAGAAGUUUCCUCUACGAAUGAAGGACAAUGACCUACUGGUCACUGAACUCUACGCGGAUCCAUCACAGGAUGCGGUCACAGCACUUAGUGUCUAUCUCACCCCAAAGAUUACUUUGAUGGGAAAUUGGAUUGAAAUUGCAUAUGGCACAAGUUCUGGGAAAGUACGGAUGAUUGUACAACAUCCGGAGACAAUGGGACAAGGCCCACAGCUCUUUCAGACAUUCACUGUUCAUAGAAGUCGGAUCACUAAGGUUAUGCUAUCGGAAAAACACCUGGUCUCAGUGUGUUCAGAGUCAAAUCAUGUCCGCACGUGGAAUGUAACUCGUUUCCGUGGAAUGCUUUCAACUCAGCCUGGAUCUACGCCCUUGGCGUCAUUCAAAGUGCUCUCAUUGGAUGAACCAGACUCACAUCCCAGUUAUGCAGUCGGCAAUGACAUUGGUCCCUAUGGAGAUAGGGAGGACCAGCAGGUAUUCGUCCAAAAAGUGGUUCCAGAAACGGACUUGCUUUACGUUAGAUUAUCAUCCACUGGCCACAGAGUUUGUGAGAUCCGUUCAGUGGACACAAGCUUUAUCAGUUGUUUUAGUGUACAUGAGUGCGAAGGCUCCAGUAGAAUGGGCUCAAGACCUCGUCGGUUUCUCUUUACAGGGCAUUCAAAUGGAAGUGUACAGAUUUGGGAUUUGACUACUGCUCUCGAAUCCUACUCAAAAGCUGAAAAAACUACGAAUUUAGGAGGUCCCUCACACGAGGAGCUUGUAUAUUUAAUGGGACAAUGUGAUCUGAGCUCAUCGCGUUGCACCACCCCAUCGCUUAGUCCAGCUACCUCCUUAAUGCCACUCAGAACCAGUCAGCUUCGAGCCUCCAGUAAUCACCUUGGCAACCGCAGCACAGAGGAUCUACCACUUGGAGCAGAGGGGGGACAUGAGGAGAAUGUAAAUGAUAUGAGGGUUACACACUGUUAAUAUAAUUCAUCUGGACAUGUUAUAUUUAUAUAGAGGAAGAGAAUAAGAAAGAUAAUGUAAAAAUAUCUUACAGACAAGAUUAUAGGAAUAUUAUCUUAUUGCAUUAUGUAUCAGAUUCAAGAAAAGGACUUAAUGGAAAAUUCACAGAUUAUGUACUUCAUUGUUUAUGUAUAUUUCAGCAACUUUCCAUUAUCAUAUUUGGUUAUAAACUAUUUUGUUUAAAAUACAGAUAAUCAUACAUUAUCCUCCUGAAUAUUCAUCCACCCCUAUUAAGGGGACACUAUUUCGACCACAAAAACGAGGAAAGUAUAUCUUUUACCACUACAACCAACCCCUAUUCAGGAGACACUACCAUUACGGGGACACUUUUUUGGUCCCGAAGGAGUCCCCUUAAUAGGGGACCUACUGUAUAAUUAAAUGGGAGUGGCUGGUGCAGUGGUUGUGUUUUGGGUUACCAAAAUGGAGUUCUAGGGUUCACUGAGCCUUUUGCUGGUGUAAAUGGGUACCUGGCAGGAUGUGAUAUUGAAUAUAUAAUCCCUGUGCAAUGCAGUGCUAUUAGUCUUACUCCCCAGAAGCAAAGAAGGUUGCACUUUGUGUUGGUUUGCUUAUCAAUUUUUGAAUGCAAAUAUCAGGGGUGAUAUAAUUUCGUCACAGAUAUAUCACCCCUUAUCUUUGCAUGCAAAGAAAUGUAGUUAUGACUGAUAGUCAUAACAUUUCAUCAUGGAGAAUAAUAACUUUAUGAUUAUACUGCAUAGCCUUUAUGUACGUCAUUAUUACAUACAUAUUUGUUAACAUUAUCAAGCUUUUUGUGAUAAUCCUGUGUAAUUUGCUAUUUACGACACCAUCAUACCUAUAUAUGGGUAUAUGACAUAAUCAUGCCCACAUAUGGAAAAACCACUUUUUACGUUUGUUAAGUAAAGCAAGUGUUGACAGUACUAGAGAUAUUCUGGUAAAAACUUGUGGGUUUUUCCAGAAUUUAUCAGUCGCUAUCGUCCCUAUGGAGUGUCCUAUAUAAAGAAACUACACUUUGCAUCAUUCUUUUUACAUCUAUUUUUGUUGCAUUAGAGCAGUAUAUUUUACUUUAACAUUUUGUAUUCAUGCUAUUCAAUAUUUAUGCCUCUUAAAAUGUCUUACAAUAAUAAAAUGCAAAAACCAAA